CUGGAUCCAAAGUCGUCGACCCUGUAAGUGCCUCUUGCAACCUGUCAUACACCCUCCGAGGUUGUUUGCCAUCCGUUCUUCUUCCUCUCCCUCCUCGUCAUGUCCCAGCUACUCCCAGCCGAACUUAUUAAGACCCUCGACAAGAACGGUCAGGAAAUCAAAUCCGUCGGCUUUCAACGCUUUGGCUUCGACAGCGAAGUGCCCAUCGACAUCUUGCGAUCGCUUUACCUACGAUCGCACUAUGUCCUUUCUGCUCCCGUAGAGAAAGUUGAGGAGCUCGACGCAAAAGAGCUCGCCGACCACGCACGCUUCACUCAGGGUCUCAACGCCUACCAAUCCAAGUCUGUCUACCACCCCGAUACCAACACUAUCUCCUACACUACGUUAUCUCGCUUUCCCCCUGUCAAGUUACUUGCUCCCUCAGAGAGGAAACGUAUCCUUGUCACCGGCGGUGCAGGGUUCGUCGGAUCACACCUCGUCGACCGCCUCAUGCUCCUCGGACAUGAAGUCACCGUACUAGAUAACUUUUUCACCGGUUCAAAGACUACCGUCAGUCACUGGGUAGGACAUCCCAACUUUGAAAUGGUUCGCCACGACGUCGUCGAACCUUUUAUGAUUGAGUGUGAUCAGAUAUACCAUCUCGCAUGUCCCGCAUCACCACCUCAUUAUCAGUUCAAUGCCGUUAAAACCGUAAAAACUUCCUUUAUGGGCACGCUUAACAUGCUCGGUUUGGCAAAGCGAACCAAGGCUCGCUUCUUGAUCAGCAGCACCUCCGAGGUAUAUGGUGAUCCCGAAGUCCAUCCUCAACACGAAGACUACUGGGGCCAUGUGAAUCCCAUCGGGCCCCGUGCCUGUUACGACGAGGGUAAACGGGUUGCCGAGACACUUACAUACGGCUUCCAUCGCCAGGACGGCGUUGACGUACGUGUAGCACGCAUUUUUAACACAUACGGACCGCGUAUGAACCCCCACGAUGGCCGCGUCGUCUCUAACUUCAUCGUGCAAGCCCUCCGCGGCGAAGACCUCACCGUUUACGGAGACGGCAAACAAACCCGUUCAUUCCAAUAUAUUCACGACCUAAUUGAUGGUCUUAUCGUACUGAUGAACUCUGAUGAGACGCGGCCCGUUAAUAUUGGCAAUGGCGACGAAUUCACAAUAGGCGAGUUCGCAGAGCUGGUCCGCGAGAUUGUUGAGAAGGUCCAGCUGGAGGAUGGCGUUCUCCCUGAAAAACGUGUUCAGAUCGUAUACAAGCCGAUACCCACUGAUGACCCGCAACGCAGGCGCCCGGAUACGACCAGGGCGAAGGAGUCCCUCGGUUGGCAACCUCGCUGGACGGUCCGAAUGGGUCUUGAGGAAAUGGUCAGGUACUACAAGGCCAAGAUGGCUGAAGGAAGCAUCUAGAUGGGCAGCAACACUUCCAAGACAUUUCAUUGACAGUUUCGUUGGACGGGUGUUUAAGUGUACAGACAGUUGUGUUCGUUGUCGCGUUAUGGACUCCUGAUAGUUACUAAAAUUUUCAAAAUUAUCCUGAGUACAAGUAGUGGGCCUAGUCUUGAUCGGUAGUGUGUAGUUAGUCAAUAUACACGAGACAGAAGUCA